UGUAUGGCCGAUAGACGGAGGAGAACAUUACACAGCGAACGUGACAUUACAAAAUUUUGGAAGACGGCCGAGACAUGAAUCAUUCUUGGAGAUAAGGGCAAGGAAAUCCUUUCCCUAGUAGAUUAGAACUCAUCCCCUCCGAAACUCAUUACAACAGUUUUGAAACGGGGCAUAGUGUGAACGCACCGACAUACAGCAGCAGACGGUAAUUCAAGUCUUUCUUGCAUGGCAGAAGGCCACUCGGAACACUGUUCAGCUUCGAGCGAGGGCGGUAGACUGGACACGGCGGAUGGUGGUUGGAGGAACGUUCCCUGGCAGCCUGGAAGGAGGAGCUCCUAUCCGCAAGUAGGACUUUCUUCGUCUAUGAUGACAAGUGACACCCAGUCGUCAACCACAAGAGCUCAACCUAUCGAAGUCCGUUCCAACCGCGACGACUCGCCAACACACUCGUGCCUCAAAUCGCCUUCCUCCUCUUUCAAUGCUGCUCGUAUGAUGACGUCAGCGCCGCCGCCUCAAUCGUCGACCCCCUGCUCCUCCGUCGUGUACGCAGCUGCCCCGGCUUCCUCGGCAGCCAACGAAUCGCGGAGAGGCCCGCCUUCCGACCUUGCCUCGACGACCAUCACGAUCACCACCAUGAGCAACUGUACGAAUCCCAGGAAUCGUCGAUCUGCAUGUGAGCACGGUAUGGCUAGAAACUAUGUAGGUGUGGCCGGCCAGUUCAAGUUAGCAGAUCGUGUAACCCUGAUCGUAGAGAACACUAGAUUUGUAGUAGACCCCUCGCUCUUCAUUGCUCAUCCAAAUACCAUGUUAGGAAGAAUGUUUAGCAAUGGUGUGGACCAUACUAUGACAAGACCUAAUGACAAAGGAGAGUAUGAAGUAGCCCACGGGAUAUCAGCUGAAAUCUUCUCAUCCAUUUUAGAUUUCUACAAAGUUGGUUGUAUUCGUUGUCCACCCAGCGUGUCUAUACAAGAUCUCAGAGAGGCGUGUGAUUACCUACUUAUACCCUUCACAGAAGAAACCAUCAAGUGCAAAAAUUUAAGAUGCCUACUACAUGAGAUUUCAAACGACGGUGCUAGGCAAGAAUUUGAGAAGCAUUUAGAAGCAGCGUUGCUACCAGAGAUGGUCAACUGUGCACAGAAAGGAGAAAGAGAGUGUCAUAUUGUCAUCUUGCUAGAGGAUGACGUAGUGGAAUGGGAUCCUGACUACCCUCCGGCAAUGGGAGAGGAGAACUGCCAAGUCAUCUACAGCACCUCCCUCUAUAGGUUCUUCAAGUACAUCGAGAAUAGGGAUGUGGCCAAGUCAGUGCUGAAAGACAGGGGUCUGAAGAAAAUUAGACUAGGCAUAGAAGGUUAUCCAACCUACAAAGAGAAGAUCAAACAGAGACCAGGAGGAAAACCAGAAGUGAUCUACAACUAUGUCCAGAGGCCUUUCCUGCGAAUGUCUUGGGAGAAGGAGGAGCACAAGAGCAGGCACGUUGACUUCCAGUGCGUCCGCAGCCGAUCCAUCCCCAACCUUGCCACCCUCGCCGGUGUCGACGCUGCUCCGGUCAACCCAGACCUCGCGGUGGCGCCGCCAGAGGGCGCCGCAAUGCUGCUCCAGCACCAUAUUCCGGAUCCAGACCCCGAGCAAGACGCAUAACGGGGGUCAAGGGUCGACUAGGAUCCAUCGGAAAGUCAGACGGAGAUCGGCCUCCUGUCAGCGCUGCAAGCAAAUGCUCUAAGGAUCGUUCUUGGUUUUGAUUCCGCACCGUUAUCGGAGGAGAAAACUUGAUGUCUUUAAACUUGCAUGUCACGCGUGCCGCAUGCAUGGAUUUCAUAUCAUCGUAAACCACUUCAGCAUGUCGAAGGGAACAGCGUAGGACCGGAUCACAAGCACCGGGAUGCAUCUCAUCCCCGAACCACCACCCAUCUGCUACAAACUUUGCAGUGACAUGCGCUUAUUAACGUCUUUCAGUGGCAGGCGACGGUGAUGGAGAUAACACUAUAACCCACAAGAGCAACUCGUAUUGAAAUAUUACCAAAUGUUUUUGCUACUUUAAAGGAAAUGGGUUGAGGUGACUGUUGGUGUUUUGUCUGUUUUUGUACAGGCGGAUUGGUUGUUAUUAUUCAUAUUAAGUGCCAGGGGAAUGUUAAUUCUACCAUUUAUUGUGUCAUGUUGUGAAUCUAACAAAAAUGCACAAAAUAGCCAAUCUUAUGCUUUGUUAAUUGAAUUAGGUGGAGUGAUUUAGAAACUAUAUAUCGAUUUUGAGGUAUUGAUUGAAAUAUAGAGGAAACUCUGUGGCGAGGGGUGGCUGUUUUACUUACUUUCUUGCAUUGAAUAUGAUAAAUGUUUGAUCUACUGUGCCAUAGUAAGGAUAGUAAUGAUAGUUUCAAUGACAGUAACUAUUAGGAUAGUAAUAUAAUAAUAUGUUGUAUGAGUAGCCUCAUGUCUCAUGAGGGGGGAUGGUAUAUCUGUUAAGGGUAAUGCUUGAGAUUCUGGCAAUGCGAGUCCGUAUGAAUUAUCACCAACUACUCUUGAGCUAAUUAUUUAUAUUUUAAUUAUAUCAGAUGAUAUUAUCUUUCCUUGAUCAAUCUUUAUUCAGCUAGGUGCAUGCCUGCAGUAGUAUGGGGUUAACAAAUGUCCGGGGUUGUGAGAAAAGUUUGCAGUAUAGCAAGUAUUAAGGUUGCAUGUCAGGAUUUACUAUGCCAAUUGAUCCAUUAAUCUAAAGCAGCUCAUGAAUAAUACAUGUAUGCUUCGCCCUCUGUGCCAAUAUCCAUAAGGCCUCACUGACAGCACUCAUUCUCUCACAGUCAUUUGCUAGUCUACAGGCACAGACCCUGAUUGAAACUUUAACAAGUGGGUCUCUAUGCAAAGACUAGCAC